GUCGUAUUCAAUAUCAUAAAAAUAUGGCAAAACACUUUCAUUGCAGAAUACAUCCGCGGCUGCUUACGUAUUAUGGCGAAGCUACCGUCUCGCGGACUAAAACGUUUACACAAUGGUGCAGUUUUAAGCGAGCAGCAAUUGGCAUCACCCAUCAUACGUUGGACAAAGCCGCAGGAUGAUGAGGAGCAAGCAGUACAGCAGUAUUUGGAGGUGACUUUGGAAAAAGCAGCAACACCACAUAUUGUAUGCCUAGCUAGCCCAAUGAGACGCGGCAAAUAUUUUUUAAUUGUUGGGAAUCAACUUAUAGUUGAACCACGGAACUCCAUUCAAGCCUUAGAAUUGUUAUUUAAAAGCUUCAAGGUGUUUGGAGUGGACGUUCCCCCAGAGCUUUACAUGGUGUAUGAUUUUUUAGCUUGCACAGUCUACGGAAUUAUCUCACACAGCUCACGAUCAAGUGUGAAUCGACUUGCUGCUUCCUUCCAGCAAGCUUUUCAAGCGGAAGUCGGUAAUAAAGAAUAAAUGUACGUAGUGUAAAUAUCGCAAGCAAUGUAAUAUACCGAACGAAAGAAUGUCGUUUAUGAACUCCAUUGAAUGAAUU